UUUUCCGUUUAUCUGCUGAGCUGAUUUAAACGUGGGAAACCCGCCCUCUCUCAGCCAAUCAUAGACUAAUAUUCUGUCCUUCGAACUUCUAACUUUUGAAUAUUAGUAUUUAGGACUAUCAUACCUAAUCCGUAUGCUGCAUGUCUUCAAAUGAAUUACCAAUUGAUUGGGUUGCUAAUUUCCUCAAAGAUUUAUCAGAGGAUAUUGAUGCUGAUGUUGUUGGUGAAUACAUAUGUGGUAUAAUAAAUGUUUCACAUGGUUCGUCAGAAUCACAUUCUGAGAUAGCUGAAUUAUUGUCAGCAUACCUUCCUUCUGAACAAUCGAAAAAUGCUGCUACUAAAAUUAUAUCAGAAUAUGAUAGAAUUAUUUUGCAGAAAAAUAAAGUUGAAUUAUCACCAUCAUCAUCAUCAUCCUUAUCUACCAACAUGAUUGAAUCUGUUGAAAAUCAAAUGCGUCAUUUAAUACAAGCUGAUUGUAUGCGUAUUGUGGAAAUGAAAAAAUCGAAUCAUUUACUACUUCCUGAUCAACAACAGCAACAACAACAACAGCAUUCCAGUGAAGAAUAUGAAUUGGAAGGUGCAAUGAUGCAUAAUCAUACAGAAUUGAUGCCUAAAACACGUUUCAAUCCGAUUGGUGUUGAUGCCUCUAAUUCCAUUGAAAUCGGUGGCGGUGACGGUGUCGGUGUCGAUGUGGAUGAUGCCGAAGAUGAAUCGGAUAGUGAUCAUUUAGAGGAUAUUGAAAAUAUUUGUGGAUAUGGAAAAAAGUAA